UUAUAGAUUUUCUUGGCAAUGCGAAGGAAUAAGAUUGCCAGCAUAUUUCCCAAUUGACUGACUUGUUUGUGUCGGACUAACUGCUCCGAGAUGCCUGUGUGAUUGGUGCGUCUCAUCGUAGGUGGUCGAGUCUUGACUUCGUGACCAUGAAAUGAUGGUGAUUGCGGUGUUGGUGAUGAAUGCGUGAGAAGAAAGCACCAGUGGUCCUCUUGCUGCACCGCACACUUCCUCAUGGAUUCCAGCAAUGAUGAAGCCCUCGACAUCAUUGUCACCAAUGUGGUGGCAACAUUCAGGACCAGAUGUCACCUUAACCUGCGCACCAUUGCCUUAGAGGGAACCAACGUCAUCUAUAAGCCUGAAGUAGGGAAAGUCCUGAUGAAACUUCGGAAGCCAAUGAUAACGGCCUCAAUCUGGUCCUCAGGGAAAAUCAUCUGCACUGGAGCAACAAGCGAGGAUGAGGCAAAGCUGGGUGCUCGCAGGUUAGCACGCUGUCUGCAAAAACUGGGCUUCAAGGUGAAUUUUUCAGCUUUCAAAGUUGUGAAUGUGCUCGCAGUGUGCUCCAUGCCGUUUGCAAUCCACCUAGUAGACUUCACAAAGAACAACCGGCCAAUUGCAAGUUAUGAACCUGAGCUACAUCCUGCUGCUACAUAUAGGAUCAAAAAUCUAAAGGCUACCAUACAAGUGUUUUCUACUGGCAGCCUCACGGUUACAGGACCAAAUGUACAGAAUGUGGCAACAGCAGUGGAGCAGGUCUACCCACUCCUGUUCGAGUGUCAGAAACCACGCUGCAAAUAAAGGUGCACUUCAGACACAGGAAAUCAUUUAAACAGAACUCAAGGCUGAUGAGGAAGCACCUUAUCCUUGGAUUGUUUUGCUUGUUUUUAUCACCAUGUGGCAACGACCACAAAUGUCUAAACUAAAAGACAGACUGGACUUGGAUCUCCGAGUUUUAAUGACCUCAGUUCCAGUUUGGGAAAGUUAAUUGCUCCUGCUCUUAGUUUGCUUUUGAGUGUUAUUGCAUGGACACACACAUUUUUAUCCAACUAUUUUAAUAGCUAAAAGUGGUGGUCAUUGCUUUAAGUUCAUAUGUUUAGUCUGAAGUCUCUUAUCUUUGCUGAAAGAAUCUCCGUCCACAAUCUCUUUGUAGAGGUGUACACAGGCACAACAUUCGCGCUCCAUAUUGUGGUUCAGAGCUAGACAGCAAGCUCGAAGAAUCAGACACAAAGGUAAACCUGGUCCUUUUUCAGACACACAGAUCCCUUCCUUCACAGUAUGUAUUCAUUCCUGAAUUGUUUAUUUUAUUUGGUUUGCAGCUUUUUUUUUUUUUUAUCUUUUCACAACUGAUGAUUCAGAAAGCCGACACAUUAUUUGUGCCCCUUCUUAAUGGUUUUCCACACACAGUAAUCUUGAAUACAUUCUCCAAAGUUUGAUAAAUGUGGAAAUAUGAUUUUCCUGUUUUUAAAUGUUGUUAAAAACUUCCCAGACUUUAAAAAAAAAAAAAAAGUUUUAAAAACUACACAUACUGGUGACUUAACAUUCAAAAUUAGCUUUUUAAUGUCUGAAAAGUGGAAAUUUUUCAAAACACUGUUCAGAAUUGGCUGUAUGUGCAGUGGACAAGUAGCAGAAGCAUAAUGUGAAACAGCACAUUUUAUAAUUACAUAAUCAGACACGCUGGAGUUGUACAAAGUUGUAUGGCAGCAGCUACACUUGUCAAAGUGUUGGAAUACAUUACAUCAUAAAAGAAAAGGUAUUGGAGCAUAAUGUGAAGAAUAAAACCCCUCUAAGAAUACAACUGUCUUGCACAGAAAGCAGUGUUUUAAUAGUUGCAUAACAUCUGACUACUUGUUGCAUCACAUGGGCAGCAGAUACUGUAUGUUUGUAUAUAAUGUAUGCAUAUGAUAUGAAAUAUGUUGACAAACUUCAUGUUGUCAGUGUGGAAUGGAGUACUUUUUGAAUCGGUGUCAAAUGAAGAUUUGUGACACUUGAAUUUUUGUAUUUUGUAUAGAAAUAAAAAAAUUU